UGUGCCGUGUUCCGUGUGGAAAGUUUACCGGCUCGGGUGCAAAGUUUCAGCCGUCUGCAAAGCGGAGCUCGUCGGCAAAACGAGCGAGGAAGGUGCUGGUAUUUAUACGGUUGCUGAAUCAUUUUUAAUCGCCAAUUGAUUCGGUGUGUGUUUGUCCUCAGAUAUAGCCGAGUGUUGCUGCCGUCGCCGAAUAAGAGUGUUUUACGCGGAUGAUAUUACCAGCGAUCGUAUUGUCUCAGGGAGCCAAGCUAGCUUAACGUAGCCCGGAGUUAAACGGGAAAGCCAACCAGCGGAUGUCGUGGGGAUUUCUUGGGCUUUCUCAAACCUGCUGAUUUCUUCAACGCUAACUUAUCAACGCUAACUUAAACUUGAAUCGACUGUGAGGAAGGAAAAAUGGCUUGCGAACCCAAUCGUGCCCGGCUGCUGUGCAUGCUAUCAUUGACUUUUGGGUUUUUCAUCGUGGAAGUGGUGGUCAGUCGGAUGACCUCGUCCCUGUCAAUGCUGUCGGACUCCUUCCAUAUGCUGUCGGAUGUCAUCGCACUCGUCGUGGCUCUAGUGGCGGUUCGGUUCGCGGAAAAAACCCAGGCGACCAACAAGAACACCUUCGGCUGGAUCCGAGCGGAGGUGAUGGGGGCUCUGGUCAAUGCCGUCUUUCUCACGGCGCUGUGCUUCACCAUCGUCCUGGAGGCGGUCGAGCGUUUCACCGAGCCCCACGAGAUCGAGUCUCCAGUGGUGGUGGCCGGGGUCGGUGCCGCGGGGCUUCUGGUUAACCUGCUGGGGCUCUGCUUGUUCCACGGCCACGCGGGCGGAGGCCACGGACACUCUCACGGAGGGCACUCUCAUGGGAGUAAGAAUAAGCGGGGCAAAACGAGCAAGAACUCGAAGGCUGGAAACGGGUCUUCGGGAGAGGAGACCAACAACUUGGUGGGAAAUCACAACAGCCCAGGCGAUGGGAGACCAAGAAAUGAAAUCAGCUGUAAAGGCAGCACAGAGGUGCAGAUGAAUGGAAACACCCACUAUGAGGAGAUGGAUCCCGACCACGACUCGUCGUCGCAGCUCAACAUGCGCGGGGUCUUCCUGCAUGUGCUGGGCGACGCCCUGGGCUCCGUCAUCGUAGUGGUCAACGCUGUAAUAUUCACCUUUGUGUGGCAGCCCUGCAUCAAAGGUGAGAAGUGCGUGAAUCCGUGCGUCAACAGCCACUCCGCUGACCAUUACCAUGACAACAACACCUUUGUCGAUCUGCACGUGGGUCCAACUGUGCCGACCAUGAAGUUCGCCGGCCCCUGCUGGGUUCUUUACCUUGAUCCCACGCUGUGCAUCAUCAUGGUGAGCAUCCUGCUGUACACUACCUACCCUCUCCUCAAAGAGUCGGCCCUCAUCCUGCUGCAGACCGUGCCCAAGCAGAUCAACAUGCACCGGCUCAACGAGCGUCUGCUGAGCCUGGACGGCGUCCUGGCCAUCCACGAGCUGCACAUCUGGCAGCUGGCCGGAAGCCGCAUCAUCGCCACGGCACACAUCAAAUGCCACGACCCCACAUCUUACAUGGAGGUGGCCAAACGCAUCAAGGACUUAUUCCACAACGAGGGCAUCCACGCCACCACCAUCCAGCCCGAGUUUGUCACGUUCAGCUCAGAGUCUCGAGACUCCCUGUGCGAGCUCUCCUGUCGGACUCAGUGCGCUCCCAAGCUAUGCUGCGGCGCCGCGGACAAACAGAACACCGGCUCUGACAAGAAGGCUGCAGUCGCUUCAAACCUGGAGGUGAUCAGUGAGACUUCAGAGGCGGCGGGGGUCGUAGUUCAGGUGUGCCCUGGGUCUGAGGCUGAGGUCAGGAUUGCCAGAGAAGUGGAGUCAUCUCUGUGAGAUGAAGGGUGUGGAGAAGAGCAGAGGAGAAGCAAGAAAACCUCUACUUUGAGCAAAAACAUCAUCAUCAUUUGCAGGAAGCUGUACUAUUUGUGGCUUAAUCAUUUCCCCCGAUAGGUCCUUUUAUUUUCGAUUAUUGCCCAUCUACACGCCUGAACCCCUUUCACUCCCUCCCAUGUUCAUACAUUGAGCAUUAGUUCAACCCCCCCCAAGCCUCUCCUCCGCCACUCAGUCCCUCCCUUGUUGUCUGUGGCUCUGGCAGUAUGGGGGUAUGGUUGCGAUGCAUGUUGGGUUGCACUGACCUCAUCUCCACUAGAACUGGAUCAAGGCCUGCAUGAGCGUCAUUAGCACCGUGUUGUGAUGUCUCAUCUCGUCUCAUGGUGUUUCUGUGCCAAAGCUUCUCAGUGGACCGAAGGGAUCAGAGGGACAUUCCCUCCUCCAAAUGGACACACAGCACACACAUCACUAGGUUAUUUAUUUAGCCUAUGGACCUGCUGGAAAAGAGUCUACCUUCCUGUUUUUUUGUGUAGGCUUCAAGCAGACCUAUUUUCUUUACCCUCUGGCCUCCAGAUGGAAUAGUAUUGUAUUGCAUAAUAAUUUAUGUACCUAAGUUAUUAGAAAUGAUCUAUUCUCUGUAGAUGCUGUUUGUAAUGUUUAGUUUGGAUGAUAAACAUUUAUUUUUUCUCUUUUCUCUCUUCUUGAAAUCUUUUGACAGACCAUCUAUGAUGAAUUCAGUUUUUUUUUCCAGGUGUGAUGUUUUUAUAAUGAUUUUGUUUCUCAGACGUUUUCGUCUGGCCUUGACUCGGAUUUAAUUGCAGUCGUUAGCUGGAUACAAAAGCCGUACCAACACCUCUCUCACCUUGCCUUUUAAUUAAAGAAAACUGUUGCGAUAUGGCACUAACAUAGUCGACUCUGUGUAACAGGACUUCUCGCAGUGGCACAGUCACCUAAUUAAUUAAAUAAACGUUUAUUCUUAAAUUUCGAUGCCUCACAAGCCAGAGAGUUGCAAAGAAACGAGCACUGUUCGCCAUUUAGUGAAACCUCCGUCUGAAUUUGUACCGGAAAGCUUUCUGUUGGCCUGUUGGGUUUUAAAAACCCUCAUGAAUGUGUUCGGCACCUUGUCACAAUCCAUGCUGAGGGAGGUUUUUUUUUUUUUUUUUUUUUUAAUUUUAAAUAUAUAUAUAUCCAGGACCUUCUGUGUUGUCUGCAUGACCAAACUGAGACCUGGUGUUCGACUUUUUAACAGCUCCACUAAGAGCUCUAGUUGCUGCUUACCAGCGUCUGCUGGUAUCCUACUAUAUUACUCAUGACAGUGUGUGGGGGAAUGACUCAUCAUAUAGCUCUGUGUGUCCUCUGCUGUGGACAGCUGAGGCGAGCUGGUUGUUUGCUGAACUGAAGUCCAUACAGUGGCCUUUGAAUUUGUUUCGACUUUUCCCCUCAUCAGCACAGAUACCGUGUGAAGUUGACCUGUUGAUGAGUUUUGGAUUUCCACUCUUUGAUUUAUUUUGCAUUAUAGAAAUGUGUUCUGGGAUAUGUAUUUUUUUUCCAUUUGUAAUGUUUGGUCACUUUUACUCUUUUAUGACUUGAGCUCUAUGUGCAAAUCGAAAACAAGUGUGUGUGUGUGUGUGUGUGUGUGUGCGUGUGGUGGGGUUGUGUGUUUUUUUUUUUUUUUUUUUUAAAUUUUAGAUUAAUCAGCUGAUGUGUUUUUGAACUGUAUGGUGGCAUGCAAAAGUUUGUCCACUGCUGCACUGCUGGUCAACAUGACUUACUGUGACUAGUUAAUAAACAAUUACCUUAUUUCCAAAAGGCAAAUAAUGGUUAAUGGACUUAUUUUUAAAGUGUGUAAAUAAUAGGUUUACCCUCUGCAUGGUCACUUUUUUCUGUUGGUUGACUGUGAGGGUCUUGGAAAACUGUCAGAAGUCUGCUCUUCAUCUUCAGAUCUUUUUGUCCAGUGUUUGCCGGUAUUUAAAUCAAUCCACUCUUCUUUUCACCAGUGAAUGCAGGACUCGCUGCAGCACAGCAUGGUCAAAGCCAUCCCCAUGCUUAACAGUUGAACAAGUAUUCUUCUAAUGAAAGUCCUUAUCCAUUUUUUUUCCCCAAGCAUACCUUUGCUUAUUUGGCCUGAUGAGUUUCGUCUGCUGACUCUCCAAUGAGUCAUAUUUGCACGUUUCACGGCGCAGGAGGUCGGUGCACAACGUCUCCAGCCUCUGAUAAAUCUUCCCAAAGGUCAAAGUUUUCCUUGUCUUUCGCACCUGAGCUGCAUUUCCAGUAUACCUUAAAUUCUUUGCAGACUUCAGGAUCAACUAUCUGAAAAUGCUUUGCUCUCUCCUCCUGAGUGGGCACCACUUGUUUUAAUCUCCAGACUGCUAUGGAGCGCCUUAGAGGAGCAAUAUCAGAGUGUAUAAAGCUUUAAAAUAUGAAACUCACAACUUUUCCCAGUUAUUGCGAAUAAGCCAUAGACCUAAAAGCAAAUUAAGGUCUGAGACUUUAGUAAAAAUUAUUUGUGAGGUCAAAUCUUGUGUAAAAUGUUAAAAAUCUAUAAUUUUCUGCCUUCUGGAGAUCAAUCCAUCCUCUGUUUGCUUAGCUGUUCACAGUAACCUAAACUAUUUUGCAAAUUAUCCAAACUUCUGCAUGCCACUGUAUUGACAUAUAUACCUAAAGUACCUGUCCAGUGUGUUAUUGUGAAAUUAAAGCAAAACAUGUUCGUUAAAGCUGAAGAACCCGAGUUAGUCUCAUUCUUACUUUCUCCAGCUUUUCAAAUGUACAUUUUUACAUAGAGCACCACUUUUUAAAAAGUUAGUAAAUUACAGAAGGUGGAAGGUGGUAAUGGCAAAAGCCAGAGCAUCUUUCAGCUUUUCCCUGCUGCAGAGAAGGACCAAAGGAGUACCCAGGGGUGCCUUUGCUGCCCUAGAUAAUCCUACCUCAGUCAGGAAAUUGUCCAGUAACCCUGGAUCAGCUCCAAGUUAACUUAACAUGUCAAUCAAACAAACACAAACGGAAAACAAGCACGAAGUGAAGCAAACCUGCGAAAGAAGACUGAAAUGACCACAGAAAAAGACUUGUGAGAACUUUCAAAUGCACAAAACACCCACAAAGAAGCACAAGGUGAAACAAGUGGUGCAUGUGGGUUUGCUGCCGAGGUUAAGGGAAAAAAAAAAGGUAAAAAGCUGUCACUCAAAAAGAAUCUCAGUGAGGAUAUAGAAAAGAGUUUUAAGCAACAAUUACGAAUUUUCUAAACUUGUGCUUUGAAAUCUAAAUCUUUCUGUGUCACAGCCAUCAGUUAAAGUCAAAUUAACACAGAAAGAAACAUUUACAAGCCCGCUGUGUGUAAAGACCCGUGCACGUUCAUGUGGCUUGUAAGGCCAAGUGGAUAUUUGUGGCUUAUGUCCUCUAUCCAGCUCCAGAAACCUCAACUACCUAAACAGUGAUAACGGUUAGCCGUAAAUCUCUCUGAGUGACUUGUGCAGUUACAUAAGUCCAUAAUUGCAGUGUUUCACAACUCUUCUCCACGGUUCGCAGCAGGGAAUCCUGGCCUCCGUCUGCAACUGGGUUUCUAUGGAAGUCUGGAGAGGCUGCUGACUGAAUAUGUGGCUGCCGCCGGCCCGAGAGGCCUUAUGUAAGAGACCCAGGGGCAUUCCAAGGGCAACAAGCAUGAGGCUCUCACUGGAUCCUUUCACAUGGACAGAAAGGGGCUCGUGCUGUGGUUGUCUCUCAUUAUGUACUCUUGGGUUUAAGUCAGGUGUUCUCCUGCAGCCCCCUGAAUACAACAAUCCUCUACUCUGUGGCUUGUGUGUGUUUCCAUCUCAUCCGUAUCACUGAGAUAAGCAACGGAAAUCUGUGAAAAACACAGAGGCUCAUUUAACAGCAGUUUAAAGCUGUUGUGUUGUGAUGUUUUUUUCUUAAGGCUGCUUAAGAAUAUAAGAACAUCUGGAUUUAAAGAAAUAUUCUGUUUACUACUUUGGUUCUGUGAUGCAAAAGUCCUUUUACUAAAAGAAAGGUUUGUCUCAAAAUAUUAUCAACCAACACUAGAAAGCAAAGUGCAAAGUAUAUAUAUCAGCCACCCACAGAGGUCACUGACACAAAGUCACUGCAAUCAGCUGAUGAAGCAAUUGAUUUUUCUUUACAGACAAUAGCAACACGUGCUAUAUGAUAUUCAUUUGUGUAAUGGUGUAGAGUACUAAGAUGUCAGAGUAAAUUAUGGAAUAAUUUAGGGAAGGUUAUUACUAUGUGUGUAGUAAUAUCAGUAUAUACACUGGAAUAGCAGCUAACAAUGUAACAUAGAGCUUAAAUCCAGCACAAGCAGUUAAUGUUGUGACUCUAUGGAAGCUCGUUUCAGCCACGGAGAAAUAUAUUUCUCGCCUGAGUUAUUAUCUCAAAUAAAAACUAAGCAUCUUUCUGCUAAUUUCCAUUUAAAUUGUGACACCAUAUAAGGACAAUAAGUUUACAACAAAAAACAAUACAGUCAUAGUUUCACAAAAACAGUAAUUAUAAGGGUCAGAAAUGAAAAACAAAAUCUCAGGAUCUAAAGAUGUAAAAGAAGCAUUUCUGCAUUUUUAAAUGCACUUAUUUCAAUAAUGAAGGCUGGUUCUUAUUAACCCACAUAGCAGUCGGUUAAUUUAGCUUAGCAUAACGGCUGGAAACUAGGGAAGAAAACAAGCAGCCUGGCUCUAUCCAGUGACUGGUUAUUGCUACAUAAAUGUCCUGUCCUUUUUUUUUUUUUUAAUCAAAAUGAAAGGAGCUAUUAUUUAAGGCUUGAGGCUUAAGUAUAACUUAAGUAUAGCUUAGGCCUGCAGCUACCAAAUUAUUUUGGUGACUAAAGUGUUAAAGGUUUAAAUGUUAACCUCGAGGCUUCUUCACUAGUAAAUCUUACUAUUCUAGGUCCGUUAGCCGUGGUUCACUACAAAACAAAACAAUGUAGUGAUUAGAAGCCAGUGGGCAAAUAAAUCGGGCAAAUAAAUUCAUGUUAGGAAACAUUUUUAACUUUAAAACUAUUGCUGCACAUACAGCUGAGCUGAUAAAUGACCCUGCUCAGUCAGCCGUAUCAGUAAAACCAGUGACAGGUGAGUUGAAUAACAUCAGGUUACAGCAGCACCUGUUCAAGGCUGGAUGGCUAUUAGCCAGCAAGUCAUCAGUCAGGUCUUGCAGUUGAUGCUUUGUAAGCAGAAGAAUGGGAAAGCGACUUCGACAGGAGGCCAAAACCACAGAGACUCCACCUGUUGUCCAAGCUCAGGUCAGAAACGAUUCCCCUCCGGGCCUGCUGAUGUUUUGAGCCUCUUUGGGGUGUUUUUAAACUGAAACCCGAACAGCAGCAAUGCAUUAUUUUGGUUCAAGUCAUUCAGCAGACUGAUACAACAGACUGCCAGAGUAACAGCACACUUGUGGCAUGGGUUCCUUUCAGAUAUUAUGAACUGAAACCCGGAUUUUUGGUGAAAAAAGCAGAACUUUGAUUACUGAGGGAGUCUGUUUUGAGUAAAUGUGACAGAUCAGGGUGGUUUUGGGUGUGUUACUAGGCUGUAAAUAUGAGAUGAUGACUUAAAAAGAAAUUGAUUUACAGUUCUGUGAUAAAGAAAAUCUCUGCAGGAGUAUGUGCAGCCUGGUGAGAAAAAAAACUACAUACCAUGAUUCAGCAGCUUGUACAGCCACCUUUAGCAUAAAUAACUUGAAAUAAUUUUUCUGCCUCUCAUAUUGUUGUAGAUGAAUUUUACUUCACUCUUUGAAUGUGAAUUAUGUGCAAAUUAUACAAUAUGUGCAUUAUAUUGUAUCUAUGCUUAUUAGGUUUGAAAAUGGACACAUGAUAUAUGACUUAUGAACUGCAGACCAAAUCUACCAGUGGGUUCAGAUAAUGUAAACUAAACUGAACCCGAGACCAUUUCCCAGCUGUGCUUGUGCAUAGCACAAGUUUAUGCCCUUAUUUGAAUUGCUGAUUUUGACAUUUCUAUCUAUACAAUGUUAAAAAAAAAAUGAAAGCAAAGAAAGGAAAGCAAUGCAGUGCAUACCGAACAAACCAGUUCAUCAGUGCCCACGCUUCCGGGGAUUCAUCAGAGUGAGUCAGAGACCUCCCAGGUAGAAAAUGAACAUGACAUGAGAUCCAAACCUAUUGCUCAGGCAGUGAAAGCAAGGGAAUCACUUAGAAAUCUCCCUGGAUUUCACCACUAGAAUGUCCUCUCUCACGCUUCUCUCUUUAAUCACAUGGCAGGCCUGUAGCCACAAAGGGCCUGUCCAUCUUAGAGAGAUUAGCAGUGCAGGAAUGUUACUCAGAUGAUGAUCCUGAGACGAAGAAAACCCCAAACUGAUCUUUGUGAGUAAAAUGGAACCACCACAAUGGUCCAAUUUCCCAUUAAAAGGUAAAAAGAAAUUGAAUAAAUAUUAUAUAAAUUAGAAUAUACUGUUAAAAGACAACAAAUAACAUCUACAAUGUAACCAUUUACAUGCCUGUGGCCUCAAAGUAAGGCACCACAAUCUAACUGUGGCUGUGUGCUGUCAGGUUACCGCCUGCAGCCAGCAAAUCUGUGCUCUAGAAAAUAUCUGUCCUCAGUCAACAUGCACCGAAGAGACACGAGAGGCAUAUUCUGCUCCUUCAGGGCAACUCUCAAAUGAGUGGAAAAUGACUCUAAUGAAGAAGAAAGAAAAAAAACCCCCAACUUCUGUCGACAACAAGCCUCUCAGAGUGGUCCAGGAACAAGUGUGGGGUAUAAACAGGGCAUAAAAGGAGUUUUCAACACACAAAGAUCACACAAGUUUAAUGAAAUCAGCUGAUAUGUUGCUGACAAACAACUGUGAGGGAUAAGCCGAAGAACUGCUGGAUCUUGACACCACAGAGGCAAAGCCAAAAAUUACAAAGAGGAGAUACACAAGGGUGAUGAAGGGUUUAAUACCCCUUGAAUUAAACAGAAUCUUUGUUACAUCUGAAAUUACGAUGUAAUCAUAUUUACCUACACAUAUUUACUGAUCAAAGUUAAAAUAGCUUUCAGCUUUUUAAAAUCAUUUCUUCUUUUCUUGUUUCCUCUCCUUAAAGAAGUGCUAAGUCAUUCAUCAAAAGAGGCAUUUGUGUAAAAGAGGUAACAUUUUCCUUGUCAACCUAAAGUGGAACGUGCACUUCAUCUAAACCUCACGAAAGACACUUUCACAAAUAACAAAGUAAGACAAAGUGCAGAUUUUUAGUGGCAUUUAAAAACAAAUCUUCCCUGUCUUAAAAAAGUUGAAGCAAAAGUAGAAUAAAACACAUAAUGAGACCAUAAUGACAGCUAACUACUAAAAGAAGGAAUCCCUCUAUGUGUGUCUUUUCCCAGUGACAUCAGAAGUUAAGCAUGGACUCUGACAUUAAUAUAAAGGUGAGAAACAGGGACAAAGCACUCAGUUAUAUAACAUCAUAAACAGGUCUGCACCACAGCAGGAGUGCAUGCCUGCAGUGCAGUGCACAGGUUGAAAGUAAUGUCACAACUACAGGGAGGAGACAAGGAAGUUAUAAUGACGAAAUUGAAACAGUAUCCUCAUGUCUGAAAAUAGGACAUAUGAAAUACAGCUGUUGCAGCUGUGUGUUAACAGCGGUGAUAUAGUUUUAAAAUCAUGUGACUGUAUUAGUCUGCAGAAAGAAUCUAACAAGAGGAGUGCUUUGAUUUUCUUCUUUUUGGUCAAGCAGCAAAUUCAAAGGUCAAAAAUCGAUUUCUCGUGGAAGUUAUCUCCAGUUUAUCGUGCUGACACGUAGACUGAAAAGUUUUAUCAGCGCUGCUGAAAUGCUGAUGUUGUGGAGAUGUGGACAACGGAAAAAAGGUCAAGACAUGCUGUUUCAUCAAAGCACAGAUGCAUUUAUACUUUUUUACUGUGUUUUUAUUCUAUCGAUUUUGGAUUGUGUACCCAGUUUCAGAUCUUGUGAAACAAUUGAAAAACUGAAAGUGGAGAAAGUAGCAAAUUGAAUCUUGGAUUGUUCUCACGGCUGUUGAAGAAAGAUGUAGGGAAAACACUCGGUUAAUGUUUCACUGACGCUCGCACUGUACGGCCUCACUGGCCAGCCUCUCAGACUUUGAUCGCAGAGUUGAUCGGGUUCAACCCAGCGUUAAAUAAUUCCUCACUGAUAAACAGCAUGAUAGGAAGAGAAGAGAGCAAACACUCACUGUCUCCCCGUCCUCUAUCAUGCAAUCUGCAUAAAGGGAAGAUUCCUCUUUUAAUGUCUUAUGCUCAUAGACUCAUGUAACGGCUGCUCAGCAUUUCAGCAUGUGGACACUGCAACAGCUUAUCAUCUCUAUAAGAUCUGAGGACACAGGACAGUUAAAUAUUAGCUACUUUCAUUUGAGUUAAAAUCAUAAUCCCAUCAUUUUAAUGCAAAAUCCUGUUAUCCUACUACUGCACUAAGUUGACCUGAUUGAAGUUACAGUCGUGUUUUAAUAAAGGUGGUUCUCUGUUUCUAUAUUUGUGUUAGUUUUAUUACCAUCUCUUUUUACUAAACUGUUGUCAGCCUCAUGAACCGUCACCUAUUAUGCAGCUUUAUUCAGCUAGGCUUUAAGUGUGAAGUUCCCAAGGACCAGAAAAUCUCAAAAACUGAGCAAGAAUGGAUAGAUUAAAUGUAAUCGUGUCCCAGUUUUUUUG